AUGCACCUGCCGGGCUCCGCUCUGACCAUGGCAGACGGGAGCUUCUCCCUUUCUGGACACCUGGUCCGGAGUCCCACCGCAAACCCCUCGCGGCUACACAGCAUCGAAGCCAUAUUGGGAUUUACCAAGGACGAUGGGCUACUCGGCUCCUUCCCCGCAGACAGAGGUUCCCGUGCUUCCAAGGAUCAGGAUAAGAGGGCAGGAGCCCGCCUCAGCUUACCCAGAGCGCCGAGCGAGGCAGAGGCGCCGCCGCCGCCGCCGCCUCCCCCGCCGCCGCCCCAGCUCCCUGGUCCGAUGCCCUAUGGUCCUAAGGAGCCGGGGGAAGAAUGUCUAAGCCCGGAGCUGCCCGCUUGCCACACCCCCAGCGAUGGGAAACUAUCCGACGAGGAGCAGCCCAAGAAGAAACAUCGCCGAAAUCGCACCACUUUCACCACCUACCAGUUGCAUGAGCUAGAGAGGGCCUUUGAGAAGUCCCACUACCCAGACGUCUACAGCCGCGAGGAGCUGGCAGUCAAGGUCAACCUGCCAGAGGUCCGAGUGCAGGUGUGGUUUCAGAACCGGAGGGCCAAGUGGAGGAGGCAGGAGAAGCUCGAAGUGACUUCCAUGAAACUACAAGACUCCCCCAUCCUCUCCUUCAACCGGUCUCCACCUGCCGCUGCCCUGCCGCAGCUGGGGGGAGGAGUGGGAGGCGGCGGCGGCGGGACGACCCUGCAGCUGGAAUCCUGGCUGAGUCCGCCACUGCCCGGCGGCGGCGGCACCACCUCCUUACAGAGCCUGCCCGGCUUCGUGACCUCCCCGCAGAGCCUCCCAGCCAGCUACACGCCCCCACCACCCUUCCUGAACUCCCCUCCUCUGGGGCACAGCUUGCAGCCGCUAGGGCCUCCCCCGCCUCCUCCUUACCAGUGCGGAGCUAACUUUGUGGACAAAUUUUCCCUGGAGGAAGCAGACCCCCGCAAUACCAGCAUCGCUGCGCUGCGUAUGAAGGCCAAGGAGCAUAUCCAGUCGAUUGGCAAGCCUUGGCAGACCAUUUGA